AACAGCGCCAGACGCACACCACGUGAGGAGCUUCAAGCAUUGUUCCACAGAGGGACUUCUAAUUUUCAGCAAAGCCUUCCUCAAUUUCAGCGAAGAACUAGUUGGGGCCCCUCGCCCACAUCCAGAUCCCGAUCUGGAAGUCAGGGAAAGCUGAAGCCUUACACUAAUACUAAUAGCAGCAAGGGCAAGAACUCGAACAAAAAAACAACAUUUGCCCGGGAAGUUGUGCUUCUUCGUCGUCCGUCAGAUUCAAUGGUUCGAGGUGGGGCUAAAGCGGAACUGCAGCGUUUGGGGCACGCUAUAAGCUCAUUUGAGUUUGAUAAGUUAUGGUCUGCUAAUGAGGUGCAGGAAAAACUAGAAGAGGCAUUCAAGAAGCCUCUGGAGAGUAUUGACGGUGUUUUGGACAAUCAGUCGAAGUAAGUACCUUAAAUUUAAGCAUAAAUUGCAUGAACACUUUGUCAUGCAAUGAGCCCUACCCACUCACCCCAUGGGAAUUGCAGACAAAUUUUAAUUUUUUUAUACCAAAUUCAUGUCAGUCUCUCUGGAAAAUUAGACAUGUCAUGUAUACCUCCAUGGAAAAUAUUUUAAAAACCCUGAAAUUUUCUAGGGGGGGGGGAUCAAAAUUUGCAAUAGACCAUGGACAUGGUAAUGCAAAACACUGGGUUUGGGAAUCAUAUAAAUUAUUUGAACAAUAAUCACUUUUACAAGAAUUAUUUGCUAAUUUAGUUGUUAAUUUUUCCAGGAUCAAGAUCAUGAUGGGCAUGGGAAAUGAGCUAGUGGAACCACAGCUCACAUCAAACCAAACUUUGACUGGUGAAAUGAUAAACAGAAUAUUUACUCAAAGAACCAUCUGGUUGUUGCCAUGCAUGUCUUUAAUGAGCUCUGAUGAUGACCAGGAACUGUUAUUUACUCAAGUAAGAUUUGUUUAAUUAAUUAUCCCAAAUUAAAUUAAUAAAAUUGUGUUUGAAUGUGGAAAAUGAAACGAGUGAUGAGUUUGCUGUUCUAAAAGACUUUUAAUCUGUGCAUAUUAAUGCAGUACAUAUUGCAUCUUGGAAUUUGUGUGUAUCCAAAUGCCAUUCCAAGACAAUGUUGUGCUUUUUUAUGUUUACAGGCCUGAGAAACACAUCAUAAAUCUUGUGUGAUUAAUUAUAAAUUAUAGUUACAAAAUUGGAACUAGGUCAAGGUUCUAAUUGUAUUGUGACUAAUUUAAUUAUCUGUUGUAAUCAUUUUUAAUAGUCUUAUAAAUAUCAGUACAUGGCUAAAAGGCUUUUCUUAACCCUUUUUCUUGUACUUACAAUAGGAGGAGGUGGAGGUAAUUGAAGACAAUAAACCAGUUUAUCAUGAUCCUGAAUUAGUGUAAGUGUUUUCUGUUUUCAUGUCAGAUAUUUAAGGCCUAGUAUUGACUGCAAUGCAACAAAAAGGGGAGGGCUGCAUUAUAUGUAUUAUUCUAUUCCGACUCACCACUUGCUAAAGAGUUUAAAUGUAGAUUCAUGCAUGCUUUAAAAGCUGUGAAACGACACUCUAAUCGGGGGGGGGGGGUUAUAUACUAAGCAACAUAAAAUACUGUAAAUUUAACUUCCAGAAUAUGGAGCCUAUUUAAUAGAAAGUAUGGAAUGCCGUGCAUUUAAUGCAAUUUAACUUAAUUAACUGAUGACCAGAUCAGCAAUUUUCAAUUAGAAUUAUACAAUGAAUUUUUGAUGUGAGAAAUGGUGGGGUGUAAUCUCUGCUGCCAGCUUGAAAGUAUAAAGAUGUGGGUUUUUGGGCUAGCUCCCCUCCCUCCCUAAUGGAGCUUGUUAGUUUAGACGAAGUCAGAAGCCAUCCCAACUCCCAAGUAAAGUUAACUUUAAUUAGGCUAAUUUAGCCAAUUAAGUUGGUACUCAGUCAUAUAUCAGCAAAAUGAGCCACUGGGUUCUCAGGUUAGAGUUACGGUCUGGAUUACCAUUGAGUUGGGGUGUCAUGUCUGUGCACAUACACUAUACACACAAGGAUUGAAUGUGUUUCUAUCUUUCCUCCUAAUUUUUGCUUUUAUUCUGUACUGUUUGAAGUAUAUUUAAAAUGACUCUUAAUUGGUAUGUGUUUGGUGCUAUGAAUUUAGGUCCAGUCAAGAUGAAGAAGAACUUGUAUCUGAAAGUUCUUUUCAGUUGAGCUCGAGUGACAUAAGAAGGUAUGCUGAAGCAACAUCUACAAGUACAAUGAAGACUAACCACCAAGCAGAUGACUGCAGCACCAGCACAGUGCACCUUCAACAACAUGGUGAAAGUGAUCCACUGCCCUCCAGCUCCUUCGAAAGCAAAGUGAAUUCAUUGAAGGAAAUGUUUCCUGGUGUUAGCAUUGAAUGUAUCACACAAGCUCUGCACGAAAACAAUGGAGAUGUUCAGAAAGCUGUUAAUACUCUCCUUGGAAAUAUAGGUUUGGUCUUGAAGAACUUCUGAAACAUUAAAUUGCAGUCCACUUUUGCCAAAAAUGCAUGCUGAAGUGCCAACAUUUGUUAUAUUAACUUCUUAAAUUUUGAUACUGCUUGUACAAAAUGUUUCAUCAUAACUCGACCAUACAAUACGACAGCUAGUUCACUGCAAAAUGCGAACUAAGAAAUAGUGGUUCAAAGUUUGCCAUUUUGUUCUAUCUCUAUAUAGUACAAAAUGGCAGAUUUUCAAACUUUGCUUCACAAUAUAUUCCAGUGAAUGGUUGUAUUUUGAAGUUGUGCUAAUAUAUAUUCUUUUCAAACGGAACACAUGCAACUCAUGAAAAAACACUUUUAAGUAACAUAAAUUGUAAUCAUGCCAAUAUCUUCGCUACAUCACUGCAUGAUGAUAUGUUCUAAUGUCCAUGGAACACUUUACGUCAUAGCUAGAUGGAUCGAUCGUGAAAAUCAAAAUUACAACCAAAUUGGCACAUACCAUUGCACACCAUGUAUUUUUGGCAAGCGUGUUUUAUUUAAGCAUUUAUAUAAUUAUUUUUUGUUAUUCAUUUUUGGCACAGAUGAGGAUUUGGAUAGCUCCAGUGGCAGUGAGGAAAUACUUCAACGAAGUAUAUGGGAUACACCUUUAGCAGCCUCCAAAAUUUUGUCAUCAUCAAGUGAUGCACGAAUAUCCUUGCAAAAGUUUGUAGAGCAGGGUGUACAAAAAUUCCAUGUGGAUAUGGAUGUACAAGUGAAAAGGGACUCUGACAUCCUUGCUCAAAUGAUUAGAAAAUACAAAAACCCUGCGUUCGACAUAAGAAAGCCUCUGAAUGUUGAGUUUGUUGAUGAAUUUGGAGUGGACAGUGGAGGCCCCACGAGAGAGUUAUUCUGUCUGUUGAUGAAAAGGCUGACUAAGGGCCAAGCAGAUGGUAUAAAUCUGUUUGAAGGCUUGCAAGGACAUUUGUUGCCUCGUCACGACUAUGAUCUGCUAUCAGGGGGACUAUUUGUUUUAAUAGGAAAGAUGAUCCUUCACUCAGUAUUGAAUGGUUGCUGUGGUAUAUCAGGUUUAUCUCCUGCUGCAAUUGCUUACAUUUGUACAGGCAGACGUGAUGCUGCAGUUCAACACCUCUCACUUGAGGAUUUAUCAGAUCCUGUUUUACAGAAAACCUUUCAAGAGGUUUGUACAGAUCAAGCCAUAUUUUAAGUUUGCAUUGAAUUUAAACUAAUAAAUAACACUGGCUACAGUAGCCUGGUUUCUAUUUUUUCAGGUGGAAAUGGUACCCCAGUGAGACUGCCAAAUGGCGCAAAUUACUGGCAUUAGUGAUGAGGGGAGUAAGAUCGGGGGGGGGGGGCAAGACCCCCCAAGUUUUCAGAAAAAAGUGCCCUGUCUCCUGAGUGGCAAAGUGCCCUAGCUUUGCCUUCGUGAAAAAUGUUGUUCAGAUUGCAUUUUUUUAUUGCAAUUAUUUUUCCUUCAAAAAACACGAAAAAUUGCCCACCCUCCAGUUGGUAAAGUGCCUUUUGCCAACAUGAAAUAUGUUUUUUUUCUGUGUUGGUCUUAUGUACUCAGGCGAAUAUGAUAUUUGUGAUGUUACUCUGAGUGGGGUCUCGACAAACUCUCGACAAACUGCGAGGCAUGCGAGGCAUAGAAAAAAGUCGACGUUUUAAAGUUUUUGGAAAAGUUAAUUUUUUUAUUUCUCCUGGGUUGUGAAAUUUCUUGCGGCUUGACUUAAGCCCGUUCUCCACUACGCGAAUUUGUUCGCGCGACGCGAAGCGAAAACCGAAAUCCGGCAACGUGAUUGGUCGGCGAAAAAAUUCGCGGCGAAAAAGUAGGAUCGCUUCCUACUUUUUAUCUGUUCGCGCGAAUAAAUUCGCCUAGUGGAGAACGGGCUUAAAGUGGCUCAACUUGAGCCACAGGAAUUGGGUGGGCACUGGUCGGAAAACGUUUGGUGAGUUCGCAGGCUAGGGCACAGAAUAAAGACAUCUAGAAGAUCGACUCGGCGUUGCUACGUUAGUGCGCUUAUGGGAGGUAUCCCCCCUGAACGUCCGCAAUUUUGAAUAUUAUCAGGGGGUGAAUGCCUCUCAUAAGCGCACUGGCUAGGAAAGAGGUUGCAGCAUUUUCUAUUCUGUGGCUAGGGCACUCUAUGCCUUAAUAUGGUCCGCUUCCGGUGCUUCGUUCUUUGCGUAUUUGUCUCGAUAUCAACUGCGUUUAGACUCUCGAUUGGGCGAUAAAAAUUUUAGAAUCUUCUUCAAUCCUGUGCUUUUUUACUUAUUUUCUAGAAAAGACUGUUCAUAUUAAGGCAUAGAGUGCCCUAGCGUUUCCUAGCCAGUGCGCUUAUGAGAGGCAUUCACCCCCUGAUAAUAUUCAAAAUUGCGGACGUUCAGGGGGGAUACCUCCCAUAAGCGCACUAACUAGCAACGCCGAGUCGAUCUUCUAGGUGUCUUUAUUCUGUGCCCUAGCCUGCGAACUCACCAAACGUUUUCCGACCGGCGCCCACUCAAUUCCUGUGGCUCAAGUUGGGCCACUUUAGUCAAGCCGCAAGAAAUUUCACAACCCGGGAGAAAUAAAAAAAUUAACUUUUCCAAAAACUUUAAAACGUUGACUUUUUUCUAAGCCUCGCAUGCCUCGCACGCCUCGCAGUUUGUCGAAAUCUUUGCAAACAAAGAAUUUGCACGUUUUAGGCAUGCCUCGUACGUUUUGACCAUGCCUCGCACGUUUUGACCAUGCCUCGCACGUUUUUCGUCACGCCUCGCAUGCCUCGCACGUUUUCCGCAUGCCUCGCAUCGUGCCUCGCUGCCUCGCACUAUAGUUAAACUCCUCUGAGUGUGUAUCCACACCGGGCGAGCUUGAAAAAUAUGCCCGGCCACGGUGGGAUUCGAACCUACGACCUUUGGAAUAGGUCGUAGGUUCAAAUCCCACCGUGGCCGGGCAUAUUUUUCAAGCCCGCCCGGUGUGGAUACGCACUCAGAGUAACAUCACAAAUAUCAUGAAAUAUGUUGUUCAGAUUGCAUUUUGUAUGAUUGCAGUCCCGCCCCCCCCCCCAACAUUUGCAGAAAAUUUUUCAGGUGUUUUUUCAUUCCAAAAGUGCCUCUUGAAACCGCCCCCCCCCCAAUCUUUUGAUGCUUCCUACGCCCCUGCAAGUGACCCUCAGCUUUAGGAUAUUAGUGACAAUUUUGCCUGAAAAUCUUUCAAUGAUUGUGGGACGAGAAUGCUCAUUAUCGUUUCUUCUACACUAGUACUGUUAGUCUGUCACAGCAUCAGAACAAGUUACUAUAUAGAAUACAGGGUGUCCCCCAAGCACUAAUUAAUAGAAAUAUCCUAUCGUUAUAAUUUAAAUGCUUGAACACAAUUGAAUUGAAUUUUUAAUUACCAGUCGCAAGAAAUCCUGUGCUUAACAUCAAUAGGAAAAUUUAUACAGUGUCACUUUUUUGGGGACACCCUGUAGUAUACAGUGCAUAUGUACUGUUCCAAAAGGGUGAUUUUCUAGAUAACAUUUCAGGUAGUGUAAAAUCUUUGACCACUAAUUAAUAUGUCCGAUAUAUAGAGAAUAAAUGUCCCCAGCCUUCAGUGAGGGAUGGAGGUUUGUGAACACAGACCGAUGUUAUCCUUAAGUAACCUCUUGUUCCUGUCUUCCAGCUCUUGUGUUGUAACAGUGCAAAGUUGGCAGAUUUCACUCUUCCAGAGUCUUCUCUUUGCAUUAUUGAAGAACUUCAAGCUGCUGGUUAUCCACACUUGGAAGUGACAGAGCAGAAAAGACAUUUUGCAUACGAAUGUUGCCUAGUUCAUGAGGUCAUCACAAAACGGUUACCUGCGUUGGAUGAUAUCAGAAAGGGGCUUGCUGAAGUUAAUGUGACUGGCAUCACCCUGCUUUGUCUGCUUGAAAGAUUCCCAGAAUUACAGGGUAGAGUUUUUCCUGCAUAUUCAAAUGAUGUAUCUGCUAGUGCACUAAAAAUGCAUUUACAGUAUUUUGAAUCAACUGAUGAGAAAUGUGUCCAGGCACAGCUGUGGUUUGACCAGUAUAUUGAUGAGUUGGGUAAAAGAGGUGAGUUUUAUGUACAUGUGUCAUUAGUAGAAAUAUUAUAAGUUCAUAUGAAAACUCUUGUGUGCAAGCUGACCUUACCUUUAUUUUAGUUUUUAAUACUAAAUAUUCCUAAAUUUGUUUGUAGACAAGGACUGUGACCAAGAAACCUUGAGUGAUCUGGUACAAUUCUGGACAAGUUAUCCUGCAUUACCUUCAACAACUGCACAAAAGUUAACUGUGGAUUACUUAGAAGAUCUUAGCACCAAAUUGCUGCCUGAAGCGAAGACUUGCCCAAUGGUUCUUUCAAUCCCAGUUGUUCAUUCUAACUACGAGAGCUUUAAAAAAUACCUUGAUAAGGGUAUUUCUUUUGCAAAAGAAGGCUUUGGAAAGAUGUAA